AUGAAGAUAUGUCUACGUUAUCUCGGUGACCCUGGAUAUCAACAAGGUAUCGGUCAGGAACUUGGUGUUAAUCAAGCAACGGUAUCUGGGACUGUGGAUAGAGUUGUGAACAGCAUAGUUGCACAGUCGAACGAAUGGAUUAAGUUUCCAACUACCAACCAUGAACUGAUGGAGGCCAAGCGGAUAUGGCAAAGCAUGUAUAAAUUUCCAACAGCAACUGGUGUAAUUGAUUGUACACAUACAGGAAUCCUGAAACCAAAUCGCCAUGGAGAUGAGUACAUCAACCGACAAGGAAAACCUACUUUAAAUGCGCAAGCCACUUGUGAUACCAGAGAGAUGUUCACAAGUGUUGAUCUCAGUUGGCCUGGAUCAGUGCAUGAUUCCAGAAUAUGGAGAAAUUCACAUACUUGAUCACAGCUAAUAAAUAAAGCAAAUGUUGUACUACUUGGCGAUGACGGUUAUGGUAUUGGGCCAUGCCUUAUGACUCCCUUCAGAAAUCGUACUCCAGGUGCAGAAAUAAAUUAUAAUAAGCCUUUAAAACAAGAAAGAGUUACAACUGAACGCUGUUUCGAGCAACUGAAACGCCGGUUUCCUAUAAUACAGUAAAGUUGGAAAAUGUGCCGAAAAUAAAUUUUGCUUGUAUUGUACUCCAUAAUGUUGCGCAGAGUUUGGACGAUCCUGACUUUGAGUUAGUUGAACCAGACCCGUCAUGAGAAUGACGAACAUCCUCUACGGCAACUAGGUCAACAAAUAAGAAGAAACUUCUUUUAUUUUCGUGAACAUCAUAAGUUACAGGUGGAUUCUGACGCUGCAUCAUUUCUAAUUUCGU